GGAUUAUUAUUAUUAUUAUUAUUAUUAUUAUUAUUAAUCAAUUGGAGGGAAUGGAUCUGAACCUGGAUUACUUAUUGUUUGGAUUAACCUUAUACUUUGUAUUUGAGCUAGGCAUGGAAUAAAACAUGACAGUAGUUCUGUUAUAGGAAACUAAUCAACGACAGGGCGAUGUGAUGUGAUGUUAUGCAACCGUUCCCAUGCUGAAGUUAAAUAUUUUUCGAUAACGGCCCAUCCCAGGUGCAAAUGUUUUAUUUCUAUCGCACUGCAGCAGCUUGCCAACAAUAACAGUUUUUCAUUCAUUAUUGAACAAAACAUCAUUUCAUUUACAUUCACUGUUAAUGUGGAGUGUGAUUAUAGAAAUGAAAACGUAUCAGAACAAGCGCGUUAAUAUAAACCUGUGAUUGUCAGAGCUGCUGUUAAAGAAAAUUCAUCAACACUUUAUAUAUAAUAACUUGGAUUAGAUUAGAUGAUCAUUUCUGUAACUAAACUGCUUUCUGCUUUGUCUAAUAUACAGCGAAUCUGGUAAAUACCUUUUUCUAAAAGAGAAAAUUCCACAACUAAUAAGCAGCUAAUAAAACUGGCAGUGAUGCAUGAUGCAGUUUGCUGGCUUAGGAAAAGGAUUGUGGAGACCACGGAGGUUCAGGAAAGCAAGUGAGCCAUGGUAAUGGUAAUAUAGAAAGGAAGACGGUUUGAUGAAGAGAUUAAAAGCAUAUGUUUUGUGCAUUGUAGGUUGUUACGAGUGCUGCAUGCGAUGUCUGGGAGGCAUACCCUACACGUCCGUGGUGGCAACUCUCCUCUGCUUCUCUGGCAUCGCACUGUUCUGUGGCUGUGGGCACCAGGCGCUCACGGAGACCGAGAGGCUUAUCGAGACCUACUUCGCCCGCAACCUGCAGGACUAUAUCACUCUAGCCUACAUUAUUGAAUAUUUCCAGUAUGUUAUCUAUGGCCUGGCCAGCUUUUUCUUUCUCUACUGCAUUGCACUGCUGGCUGAAGGCUUUUACACAACCAGCGUGGCAAAGCAAACGUUUGGGGAGUUCAGGAGCACUGUGUGCGGCCGCUGUCUCAGUACAACGUUCAUUGUGAUCACGUACUUCUUGGCCGUCAUCUGGCUGCUGGUCUUUGCUUUCUCUGCACUUCCUGUCUACUUCUUCUACAACAUGGCUGCGACCUGUCGCACUAUCGACUUUCUCUCCGAGACACCCUCAAGCAUUAACCAGCUGUGCAUGGAUGCCAGACAGUUUGGUUUACUUCCAUGGAACACAGUGCCAGGAAAAGCUUGUGGGAUGACCUUGUCCAACGUAUGCAAAACAAGGGAGUUUUUCCUGACCUACGACCUCUACAUUGCUGCCUUCGCUGGAGCGGGGAUUACAUUAUUGGCUCUGCUCACAUACACAGUCUCCACUACCUAUAAUUUCGCUGUCCUACGUUAUCUGGGGAGGAAAGGCUUAGCCGCACGGUGUUAAAGCUCUCUGUCGUUUCCUGCAAUCCAUGCUGGUUCUGUCCGCUGUGCACCGUAUGGAAGGACAGAAGACAUUUCUUCACCUACCUGUUCAACACCUCAGUUUCUCCUUAAGACUUUUCUUCCUGUCUGACUGACACCCUUUAUAGUAGGCCAACUGAGUUUUAGUCCAGCAGGGCAGUGAUGUAAAUCUGAACCCUGGGAGGCUAGUAAACGUUGUUCUGGAGGCAGGACAGACUAUUUGAUGACCGUUGAUUGUAACACUGCUUCACUGUGUGAUUAUUGUGCCCCAAUUCUCGGACACGCUGUCUUGUCUUAAUAGUGCCUUCUUUUUUUUUUCUUUCCUUCCCUGAUGGACAAACGACUCAGUUGGACAGGACAGGAAGCAUAGAGAUGUGUUCGGUAGAGGAUUCGUGUAAUCUUCAUUCUUCUUUUUUUUUUUUUCCUCUCGCUCUCUCACUAUUGGUUUAAUAUAUCUUUUGCUGUUUAUAUUUUGUGAUUUGAACAUUUUCUAUACACGUGCCUACAUCCCUUGCUUACAAGCUGUGGGAUGUUAGUUUUCCCAUCCUGUCAAUCCCAUCCAACAUGGAUGAUCUAGUGUUACUCUGUAGUUGAAUAGCCAAUUUAGUUUCUUUUAUUAUUUUUUAUAUUUGAUAACAUUUUGUUUUAGUUAUCAGAAAUAACUGAUUUAAUAAGUCAUCCUGUGAGAACCUGAAAAGCUAUUAUUAUUUUGUCUUUUUUAAUAUUAUUGUUGUUGUGGGUUUUUUUUUUUCUUCAUUUUGGCUUGGGAUGGACUAGCAUGUUACUAUGGUGAUGAUCUUUCACAUCUGGUCACCAUGGUGUCCAGACAUGCCAAUAUGGACUGACUUGCUGUGACCUCAGCACUUUUCUCACAGUCCAGAGAAUAAUAGUCCGGAGUCGAGCCCGGCUUUGAGACGAACAUUGAUUUGAAACUAGAGGGGUGGAUGAGCAUCCAUCAGACCCGUCAGCUCGGAUAAACACAAAGCUUAAACCAUGAGCAAACAACCUUUAUAAAUCCUUCAGUCAGGCAGACGACAGUCUGGGCAUGAACCAUGAACCUGCACUGAAAAGAAACGAGCCAACCUGGCGUUUCCUGAGUAUUUUACUCGGGUAUUUGUGGUGCUGUGUGACACCUGCAUCAGUCUUGCAUCAGAUUUAUAUAUAUAUAUAUUUUGUCCAUUUGAAAGUGAUUUGGCGAACAUUUCCACUAUUUAAACCGUGAUGAUUUCGUAGGACCUGAUGGGUGCUCGGUCUCCCCCUAGUGUCAGUCAAGUUAAAUGCACAUUUCUGCUUUUCCAUCUGAAAAACAGCUGAAUUUGUGUUUAUCCCUGUAACUAUCAGGAGAAAUUAGUAGUUAUGAUGUAACACUUAUUUUAGCUAGAUUAUUAUUUUUUUGACUAAUCCUUAUUCACACUUUACGUGUCAAAUUGUUGUUUCAUGCUACUAGCAAUAUUUGUUAGAAGUGUUUAAGUCAUAUGGCGAGUGCUUUUUUUUUUUUUUUUUGCGGGGGUGGUAAUAAAAAAUAAAAGAAAUCAGAAGUGAGAAAGAAGCUUCAGUAAGAAAUAUGUAUAGAUCCAUCAGUGUUUGUGUAGAGGAUGUGGAGAGUUUCUUUUUUCUCUUUGGCAGAUUCACUGUCCUCUGCACCUGGCCAAGUGGCAGAUUCUGCAAAGAGACAAGCGAUACAGAGCGAAAGAGGAGAAGAACGAGGUGCUGUUCAGCAGGAUAUGGAAAUGCCACAGUGGCAGUAUCAGU